AGUCUGAACCGGUUUCAACCGGUCUUGGGUUGACGCAUGAGAUGGGAGAAAGAAGAGCUGGCUUUUCACUUUCUAAUAGCUCUGCCUUUAAAGACUAUUUUUACAUAGUUAACGCAAUAAACUAACGACUGCUUGUUUUGUGUAUAUGGACAGGAAUCGCGUCUUCAGUAUGGCACCGUAAAUAUAGUUAGCCUGCUAGCUUGAGGACUCAAGUCAUUGGUAACCAUACAUAGCAAGCUAAGUUGCUAACAGGGGACCUAGCCGUAGCUAGCGAAUUUGUAGCAAUACCGAAAUCAUUGCACGCGCCAGUAAGCACUUUGAUUACGAUAGCCAGCUGUAUGUAGAUUGGAAUUUACCACAUACACGAUUAAUACAACUAAUUAUUCUACUGAGUUAAGAUACGGUGUAAUGUAGUGGGGGUUAGCUGCCAAGCAACUGGAAGACAUCACGUUGCUAAUGAGCAAGAACACCAGCUAGCAUCAAGAAUUCGCUAUCGUGACACCAUGAGAUAACUUGCCGUCGUUCAAGUGAACCUUAGCUACACCUUGAAGAAUCUACGGGAAUAAAAUCUCUGUCCAGUGAACACGUUGUGGAAGUUGGGCACCAAGUAGCCUGAGAGCUUCCCUGAGUUUGUUUUUUUUUUCUUCGAAAAGGACGCAUUUAAAAGCAGCUCUAUGCCAGCAGAGAUGACAAUGUUAGCGGACCAUACAGCGCGACAGCUGCUGGACUUCAGUCAGAAGCUGGACAUCAACUUACUUGACAACGUGGUGAACUCCAUGUACUACGAUGUGGGAUCACAGCAACGAAUGGCACAGGAAGUCCUCACCAACCUGAAGGACCACCCUGAUGCCUGGACAAGAGUGGACACAAUCCUGGAGUUCUCGCAGAACAUGAAGACAAAGUAUUAUGCACUUCAGAUUCUGGAGACUGUGAUCAAAACCCGCUGGAAGAUAUUACCCAGAAACCAGUGCGAAGGCAUCAAGAAGUAUGUGGUUGGCCUCAUCAUUAAGACCUCUUCAGAUCCCACCAGUGUGGAGAAGGAAGGAGUGUACAUCGCAAAGCUGAACAUGAUCCUGGUCCAGAUUCUGAAGCAGGAGUGGCCAAAGCACUGGCCGACGUUCAUCAGCGACAUCGUGGGGGCGAGCCGCACCAGCGAGAGCCUGUGCCAGAACAACAUGAUCAUCCUCAAGCUGCUCAGCGAGGAGGUCUUCGACUUCUCCAGCGGACAGAUGACACAGGUCAAGGCCAAGCAUCUCAAAGACAGUAUGUGCAACGAGUUCUCCCAAAUAUUCCAGCUUUGCCAGUUUGUCAUGGAGAACUCCCAGAAUGCACCGCUGGUCCACGCCACGCUGGAGACGCUGUUGCGCUUCCUCAACUGGAUCCCGCUCGGCUACAUCUUCGAGACCAAACUCAUCAGCACGCUCGUUUACAAGUUCCUGAACGUGCCCAUGUUCCGUAACGUGACCCUGAAGUGCUUGACGGAGAUUGCCGGCGUCAGCGUAAACCAGUACGAGGAGCAGUUUGUCAACCUCUUCAGCCUCACCAUGUGUCAACUCAAACAGAUGCUUCCGUUGAACACCAAUAUCCGGGUGGCGUACUCCAAUGGCAAGGACGACGAGCAGAACUUCAUCCAGAACCUCAGCCUGUUCCUCUGCACUUUCCUGAAGGAGCACGGCCAGCUCAUAGAGAAGAGGCCCAACCUCAGAGAGACACUCAUGGAGGCGCUGCACUACAUGCUGCUGGUGUCGGAGGUGGAGGAGACGGAGAUCUUCAAGAUCUGCCUGGAGUACUGGAACCACCUGGCGGCCGAGCUGUACCGGGAGAGCCCCUUCUCCACCUCCACCUCGCCACUGCUCUCCGGCAGCCACAGCUUCGACGUGCCGCCACGCAGACACCUGUAUUUACCAGUGCUGUCAAAGGUGCGUCUGCUGAUGGUGAGUCGCAUGGCCAAGCCAGAGGAGGUGCUGGUGGUGGAGAACGACCAGGGGGAGGUGGUCAGAGAGUUCAUGAAGGACACAGACUCAAUCAACCUCUACAAGAACAUGAGGGAGACGCUCGUCUACCUGACUCACUUGGACUACGCGGACACGGAGCGCAUCAUGACAGAGAAGCUGCACAACCAGGUGAACGGCACGGAGUGGUCGUGGAGGAACCUCAACACGCUAUGCUGGGCCAUCGGCUCCAUUAGCGGAGCCAUGCACGAGGAGGACGAGAAGAGGUUCCUCGUCACCGUCAUCAAGGACCUGCUGGGUCUUUGUGAGCAGAAGAGGGGGAAGGACAACAAGGCCAUCAUCGCGUCCAACAUCAUGUACAUCGUGGGCCAGUACCCGCGCUUCCUGCGCGCCCACUGGAAGUUCCUCAAGACCGUCGUCAACAAGCUCUUCGAGUUCAUGCACGAGACCCACGACGGUGUGCAGGACAUGGCGUGCGACACCUUCAUCAAGAUCGCCCAGAAGUGCCGGCGGCAUUUUGUGCAGGUGCAGGUGGGCGAAGUGAUGCCCUUCAUCGACGAGAUCCUCAACAACAUCAACACCAUCAUCUGCGACCUGCAGCCACAGCAGGUGCACACGUUCUAUGAGGCAGUGGGCUACAUGAUCGGGGCCCAGACGGACCAGGCCGUGCAGGAGCACCUCAUAGAGAAGUACAUGCUGCUACCCAACCAGGUGUGGGACAGCAUCAUCCAGCAGGCCACCAAGAACGUGGACAUCCUAAAGGACCCGGAGACGGUGCGUCAGCUGGGCAGCAUCCUGAAGACCAACGUGCGGGCGUGCAAGGCGGUGGGACACCCCUUCGUGGUGCAGCUGGGACGCAUCUACCUGGACAUGCUCAACGUCUACAAGUGCCUCAGCGAGAACAUCUCCUCCGCCAUACAGACCAAUGGUGAGAUGGUGACGAAGCAGCCUCUUAUCCGUAGCAUGCGGACGGUCAAGAGGGAGACGCUCAAGCUCAUCUCGGGAUGGGUCAGCCGCUCCAACGACCCACAGAUGGUGGGGGAGAACUUUGUCCCUCCUUUGCUAGAGGCUGUCUUGAUCGACUACCAGCGGAAUGUUCCGGCGGCCAGGGAACCGGAAGUUCUCAGCACCAUGGCGACCAUUGUCAACAAGCUGGGAGGCCACAUCACGGGAGAGAUCCCCAAGAUUUUCGAUGCCGUGUUUGAAUGUACCCUAAACAUGAUUAAUAAGGACUUUGAGGAGUACCCCGAGCACAGGACGCACUUCUUCUACCUGCUGCAGGCGGUCAACUCCCACUGCUUCCCUGCAUUCCUCUCCAUCCCCCCUGCCCAGUUCAAACUGGUCCUCGACUCCAUCAUCUGGGCCUUCAAGCACACCAUGCGCAACGUGGCCGACACCGGUCUUCAGAUCCUCUAUACGCUGCUCCAGAACGUGACCCAGGAGGAGACUGCGGCCCAGAGCUUCUACCAGACGUACUUCUGCGACAUCCUGCAGCAUAUCCUCUCCGUCGUCACGGACACGUCUCACACGGCUGGCCUGACGAUGCAUGCGUCCAUCCUGGCCUACAUGUUCAACCUGGUGGAGGAGGGCAAGAUCAGCGUGGCCCUGAACGCCAGCUCUGCCGUCAGCAACCAGGUGUACGUCCAGGAGUACGUGGCCAACCUCCUCAAGACCGCCUUCCCACACCUGCAAGAUGCCCAGGUGAAGAUCUUUGUUCAGGGCCUGUUCAGCCUCAACCAGGACAUUCCUGCCUUCAAGGAACACCUGAGGGACUUCCUGGUCCAGAUCAAGGAGUUUGCCGGUGAGGACACGUCAGACCUGUUCCUGGAGGAGCGGGAGUCUUCGCUGCGGCAGGCCCAGGAGGAGAAACACAAGCUGCAGAUGUCCGUACCGGGCAUCCUCAACCCCCACGAGAUCCCAGAGGAGAUGUGCGACUGAGGACACCACCCCUGUCACACGCACGCACGCACGCACACACACACACACACACUGAGGAGAUGUGCACCUGACUGAGACUCUUUCAGUCUCACUGUCUCUAUCUCUAACACACACACACACACACCACACAUACUUGCUCUGACAUGCGACAGGAGGACAGAAGCAGAUGGAACCAACCAACUACUAUCGCCAAAACUAUUAUUAUUAUCAUUUUUAAUAAACAAGAGAAGCAAAGAUGGAUGGAUGGAUGGAUGGAUUGACAGACGGACGGACGGAUGGAUGGAGGAAAGGAAGAGGCAGAAGAAAUGCAGCAUGAGAGAAGGAGAAUUAAAAGCGAUGUGAGCGAUUGUGUCACCUGUACAUAUUUAUUUUUUUGGUUUAUUACUGUAAGGGUUUUGUUUGUAUUUGUUUUUUGUUUGUUUUGUUUUUUGCUUUUCUCUCUCUCUCCAGUAAACACACAAAAAUCGAAAAGGACGGGACUAGUAAACAAAGAAACUGGGGGCAUGUGUGGGACACGCCCUUGGCCUGAUCAAAAAAAAAACUGUGUGCGGUGUGUGGGGGGAAAAAAGUGUGUGUGCUUAAAAGAGAUGGAUCAUCGGAAAGGAGACAGAAUGAAGUGGCAAUGUGAGGUGGAAUGUCUUUGCUCUUUUUUGAUUGUUUUGUUGUGUUUUCUUUUGGUCGACCAAAAUCAAUGCCAACCUGUAAAUGAGACGCUGCGUUACAUUGCACCAAUCUUUGGUCUUUCCCUUUCUCCCUGCCCGUAUCUUUUACUCUCUUUUCUGACACCCAAAUCCCUUUACAUAGUUCCCUCCUUUUCGCAAAAAGAAAACAUCACAUUUGUACACACGUUUUAUACAAGUUAAAAUUAGUGUAUUGUCUGUCUGAUUUGCAUCUAGACUUAUGUUGAAUGGAUAUAUACAUUACCAGAUGGUAUAUAUAUAUAAUAUAUAUACUCACUCACACACACACACACACUCUCACACACACACACACACACAUCAAUUUUUAUUUUCUUUACUGAAAGCGACGCAUGGAGUCUGGAAAAUAAAAUUGAAUAACUUUUACAAUCUCACUAUUUGUUCCCUCCCCUCCCAGUUGCCCCCAACCUGAACAUGAGCGUUAUUUUUUGUGUUUGUGUGUUUGUUUAUAUGUAAUAUACAUUUACACAGGUUCUAUGUAGGAGAACGACAAGGAAAGCGUUGAGUGCCUGGGGGGGAGGGGGGUUGAUUCACAAAAUGGAUUUGUUUUGAAGUCUUUUUUUUGUUUUUUUGUUUUUCUCUUCCUUUUCCCCCUGGGUAGACGAGGAGUGAGAGAGACCAGUUUGUCUAAGCUGGUCUGUCCUCAACCUCUGUGUCAGAUUGAAAAACAAAUGUGAACGUUGAAGCAUUUUUUUAUGUAAAGAUGCUGCUUUUUAUUUUAUGUUUUGUUUUGAUUGUUCUGUGUGCCGCACGGUUGAAAGAGGGGGAGAGAGAGAGGAUGAUUUGCUGGCCAAAGAUUCUAGAGUGUCACUUCAUUCUAAGAAUGUUUGGUGGCAACUGAAGAUUCUGAAGUGCUUGUACGUGCUCCACUCUAGUUUGGUUUUGGUGGUGGUGGCUGCUAAUUUUGCUCUGGUGGAAAUGGACGUUGACACAAGAGAGGACAUGCAGCCCCAAUGCUGAUAGGAGGCAGAAGAGUUCUGUGCAUAUCGUUCCCGUUUGUAAAGCUGUCUUAGUACUAUGGGAAAUAAAGUUGGUUAUUUUUACAAAGUUCAA